CUCGUGGUGUAACCAUCACAUGGCGUCACCUUGACCAACGACCAUCCAGCCUCGGUUUGUCCUCGACCUGGAGGAUCCUGUUGUCAUCCUGUGAGAGACAGGACUCACCGCCAUCUUCAACAUGGCAGCCGCGCCAGACGCCACGUGCUUGUCGGAGCUCAGCGGAUUCCCCAACAGGAACAUCAGCCUCAUCUCCGGCCCCCGACCCUGCAACCGCAGCGCCGUCAGGUCCUCGCCCUACACGCCACAGGCCACCGCAGCCUUUGCGAUAGCCAUCACCUUCAUGAUGGUCGUGACAAUCGUCGGGAACAUCCUGGUCAUCAUCGCCGUGCUGACUUCUCGAUCCCUGAAGGGGCCUCAGAACCUUUUCCUGGUGUCGCUGGCCGCGGCGGAUAUUCUCGUCGCCACACUCAUUAUUCCCUUUUCUUUGGCAAACGAGCUGCAGGGCUACUGGGCGUUCAGCUCCAUCUGGUGUGAGAUCUACCUGGCGCUGGAUGUCCUCUUCUGCACCUCCUCCAUCGUGCACCUGUGCGCAAUAGCUCUGGACCGCUACUUGUCCAUCUCUCGGCCCGUGUCCUACGGCGCCAAACGUACUCCCUCGCGCAUCAAGGCCGGUAUCAUCGUCGUGUGGCUGAUCUCUGCAGUCAUCUCCUUCCCUCCUCUUCUCACCCUGGAUAAGAGUGAAGGAGGUGAGGAGGUCUGUGAACUGAACAACGAGCGCUGGUAUAUUCUUUACUCCACCAUUGGAUCGUUCUUCGCCCCCUGUGUGAUAAUGAUCCUGGUGUACAUCAGGAUUUAUCAGAUCGCUAAGCAGCACACGCGAUGCUCACCUGCGCAGAAGCAGAAAGUGGUGGCAGCCAGCGAGCCUGUGAGGAAGCUCUCUGAGAAGUCCCAGCAGAACGGGGAUCAGGGAGGUGCGACUGCCAGCCGGCGAGGAAAAAACUCUUGCUCGGAUUCCACGCCAUCAUCCCCUCAAAAACCGCCUGAGGCCACCAUGAGCCAGAACCCUCAGCACUGCCCUCCACGCUCGAGUCCUGCCCCACCGCAGAAGUCCUCCUCGUCAAUCCCUCAGUGCGACAGCCAGACCUUCUCAGGCCAGUCACAGAAACAUCCUGACGAAGGCGGGGGAGCGCCCGACAACACAUCCAGCUCCGGCUCUGAGCUGGAAGUCGGACUGGAAGGUGUUCUUAGAGAGGACGACGGAGGAGAGACAAGCAAAUCCAACGAGCGAGCUUUGGGAUUGAAAAGCAAAGGAUUUAAAGUUCAGGUGUUCAACCUGACCAGCAGACACCAAAGCACCAUGAUCACAUCAUCCGGCACCAAACUGGCCCCUGAGGAACCCCUGAGGACGCCUCUGAACCAGGGGGCGGCUGUCUGCCGACGCAAAGCCCUGGUGAACCGGGAGAAGAGGUUCACCUUCGUCUUGGCCGUCGUGAUGGGCGUGUUCGUGAUUUGCUGGUUCCCCUUCUUCUUCUCUUACUCUCUUCAGGCCGUGUGUCCCGAGACGUGCAGCAUCCCCAACCCUCUGUUCAAGUUCUUCUUUUGGAUCGGCUACUGCAACUCCUGCCUCAACCCCGUCAUAUACACCAUCUUCAACAAGGACUUCAGGAAGGCCUUCAAGAGGAUUCUGUGCCGGGACACCAAGGGCACGUUCUUCUGAGGAGGAUUGUGUUGAGAUCUGUCGACGGACAGAAAACAGAAACUCCUUUGUGUCCGUGUGUGUUUGCCCGGGAUCGGCCUCCAGCAGCAUCAACACAAACACUUGUGCAUUAAAGAGGAAAUUGUGUUUAUUUCUCCGUGUGUUUGCUGAGUCAGAGCCGACAGAGGAGACUUCAGAAAGAUACAAGCGGUCGAAUCAAUUAUCUGUAAUGUUAUUUAAGAAAACAGUGUAAUUGUGUGGUCGGUGACUCUGAGGAGGUUUAUGUGAUUAUAUUCUGAAGCGGAAGUGGAGAGGACACAGGGUCUGUCUUCAGUGACCUGGGUCCAAACAGAGCGGCAGGACGAUGGUGAGUGAGGGAGCAGAGGAGGAGCAGAGGAGGAGCAGAGGAGGA